AGAGGGCUGCUUGUUCCCAGAGACCCUCAGAGCUCCAAGACGCCCAGUCUCUCCGCCGCUGAGCGCCCAGACGCAGCAGCCCCCCGACACGGACCCUCACCCGGCCCCCGGCCCGACUCCUGGAGCUCCAGCACACCUGCUCGGAUCACUAAUGGACGGAAGUAACAAGGGAUGAGCUUUAAAGUGGGAAAGUUUGGAGGCUAGCUGGGAGUUUAACGAGCGAGAGAGAGACGCCACAGAGGAGAAGAGAAGACUUCUGUCUGGACUACAGGUCUUUAAAUCAUCAAAUCAGAAAUCUGGAUUUGUCGACAAUACAAAACAAACUAUCACCUCCUUUGCAUAUUCCAACAUUUUGGGACAAGGUUUUGGAAACAUUGUUUUACGCCACUUUUUGCAAUUAUUUUUGUUGUCACGUAUUUUAAAGUGUGAAAUUAGCCGAUAUCGAACACGUCUGGUGUGAAUCUUUCACAUCUCCAGCCUGCGUCAUGGCUGCCGGCCUGUGGUUGUGUCUGUACCUGCCGCUGCUCCUCACGGACGCAAAGAGCGUCGAGCAACACGACAGUCAGCGUGACGCCCCUGGUAAACCCUCGUCUGGUGUUAAACUGGAACCACUCUGGACCAAGCAGGUCAGAGCUCAGGAUGACACCCACACCCCCGACCAAAGCCUCCCCCUCCCUGAGAUGCUGGAUUUAGAUGUGGAGCAUCACCGCCGUCUGACCCGCGGCGCCGACGAGGACGAGCAACAGUCCACCUUCAGCCAGUCCUUUGAGAAUGACUCGGUGACAACGCCGCAGGCCACCCAGCUCAACCACGUGACAGACGCGGCAGCCGGGGGUAAUGAUGGGAAUGAUGUGGAUGAGGUCAAUCUCCACGAAAACACCUCCAGCUCCAACGCCCCGGGACUCUUCAACCCGUUCUACCCGCUGGUGGAAAGCUCGUACGCCGCCUACGCUGUCAUGUUCCUGGCGGGCCUGGUGCUGGCGGUGGGUGUGGUGGGAAACAUGGCGGUGAUGUGCAUCGUCUGGAACAACUACUACAUGAGGUCCUCCUGGAACUACCUGCUGGCCAGCAUGGCAUUCUGGGACUUCUUGGUCCUGGUGCUCUGCCUCCCCGUGGUGGUCAUAAACCAGCUCUCCCAUAGGAGGAUCCUGGGUGACAUCACCUGCCGUAUGGUGCCUUAUAUGGAGGUUGUGUCUCUGGGCAUCACCUCCUUCACCUUGUGCGCUCUGGGCAUCGAUCGUUUCCACGCCGCCACCUCCUCGUCCCAGCCGAAGGCUCGGCGGGUGGAGCGCUGCAGCUCUGUGCUGCUGAAGCUGGUGCUGGUGUGGCUUGCCGCUCUGCUGUUCUCCAGCCCAGAGAUCUUCUUGUGGCAGCUCAGCCAGGCCGUGUCCCCAUCCACCGGCCGCCUGAUGGACUCCUGCAUCAUCACCCCCUCCUCGCCUCUGUCCCUCUACCUUCCUGACUCCCUCCACUCACUGCUGCUCAGGUAUCACCAGGGUCGUAUGUGGUGGAGCUUCGGCUGCUACUUCUGCCUCCCGGUCCUCUUCACCAUCCUCUGCCAGAUGGCCACCCGCAACGUCAACAGCGACUACAGUUCCGCCAAAAAGCAGCGUGACCACGACGACCGCUCCUCCAAUCAGAAGCGUCAGCAGCACCAGGCGGUGGAGCGGCAGCUGAACUGCACGCUGCUGGCGUUAGCUGUGGUGUACGGCAUCUGCGCUCUGCCCGAACACAUCUGCAACAUCACACUGGCCUACACGCACAUCGCUGUCUCCGAAGACACGGCCGCCAUGUUGGCUCUGUUACAUCACUUCCUGUUGUUCUUCAAGUCAUCGGUGACCCCUGUGCUGCUGCUGUGUCUCUGUAAGGCUCUCGGCCAGGCCUUCAUGGACUGCUGCUGCUGCUGCUGUCAGGAGUGUCAGCCCAACACGGCCCAGGGGUCACCAGGCUCCGCCCAGGUCAAACUGAAGGCGGCCAAUGAGACGUCCAUCUUAUUUGACAAGGCUAAAGACACGUCCGCCAUCUUGUCCAUCUCCAGCUAGAGCCCCUUUAACCAUCAGUCCAUCUUUUCCUCCUGCAUAAGUCAAUCAUGUCCAUUCUGCUCUUCCUUCCUUGAUGUUUAACUGGUCCCUUCUCCUCUUCCAUGUUUGCCAUCAACCCUGUUCUCUUUCUCCCACAUAUUCUUUCCAUGGAUUCUUCUUUCUCUUUCUCUCGGUCCUCUCCUCCUCUGUAUGAUAUCCCUCUAUGGACACAGUGCUCCCCCCUCCAGCUUCCUCUCUGUGCAGGAAAUGAGGUUUAAUCUGUAGUGAGUUUAGAAAAGUUGCUGUACUUGCACAACCAGCUGUCGUAAAAAGCAGGAGCCUGUUUCCGGACUCUCCCAGUGGGACUCUUCUCUCCAGCUCCCUGCUGAAAUGUGUUAUGGAAAAACAUCAACAGAUGCAGAAUAGAUGGAAGAUCCUCGAUGUUCGUUGCACCUGAGACGGAUGAUGCAAAGCUGAAAUGUUAAUGUGUUUUAUGGAGAAGCAGCAGAAGUUCACAUGUUCGGUUGGUUUGUUCAGAGGCUGCGGCUGAGUCAGACGUGGACGUGGACAAAAGAUUCUUCAAACACUGUUCACAGCUCAAGUUUUUUAAUACAAUUGGUUUUAAGUCAUUAAAUUGAACAACAAAAAAAUUUGUUCAUAGCAAAAUUUUAAUCGUAUAAGCUUCAUUGACAUGAAUGUUAAAAGUGACAGAGCUCACACAGCCACGUCUGAAGCUCGAGGAGACAUCAUCUGUUGCAUUGUGGGUCCGUGGUUUCGAUUUGUUCGUGUUUCGUGUGGAAGUUGAGAAAACUCUUCAAGCAGCAACGCAGACGCCAACCAAUCAAAUCUUGUUUAUGUAAACUCAGGGUCCUGACUUACCGGGACACAAACUGGAGAAGGCAGCUGGUGAGCUAACCUUGCUACGAAGUCGGCCAUGACAGAUGAUGAUCUGGUAGCUUUUUGAAAGUCAGCCAUCUUGUGUGUCCUGAGCGGGAAACUGCGAUUGGUCGUUGUCAUCUGAUGAGCAACAUGUACAUGUGUGAGGGCUGUUGCCAAAACUUUCUUACACAUUUAAAGUAAUAAUAUAAAUAAUCAAUCGGCAGAAAUUCAGCAGAAUCGAAUCAACUAAAUUACCCCAUUUUUGCAAAAAUGCCCUAAAUGAACAUUUCUUGGAGACAGAGUUGUUGUCAAGGCAGAAAAAAUAACUCAGAUUGAGUAAAGUUGUCAAAGUUUGCAGAUCUAAUUCACCUUUUAGCUGCGUAAUGACCCCGUGAACUCAACUUCACUAAGAACAUAUGAUUCAUCGUUUAGUUUUUUGUUGUGUUGACCAUGUUCGUUUUGUGGCUGCACUGUUCAAAACAGCCACAAGGGGAGCUAGGCAAUUUAUGCUGGCUUUACACACGAAAAAAGAUACGACCCUUUUAAACGAUGCAAGUAUAUGUUGUUAAUCAAUACGUCCACUAGGGGCAGUGCAGACUGGAGAGUUUCUGACAACAUCAGACACGUUGUAAAAGUCUCUCUUCAUAAAGUUCUGCCAUUGUUGAAAUUUCCUCCUCGAUUUUUAUGAUCGUUUUGAUAUCGUUAUGAUACGCUGCCCCCUACGAUUUCUGGUGGUACUGCUACAUUUCGUAGUUUAAAUCAUUUCUGCCUCCGCAGCAGCUUUGUCUUGAAGAAAAGUUCCCGCACGUGAACGAGGAACAACCACGAGCGUCAGGAUUCAAUCUCAGACCAGAACGUGAUGAUAAAUCCGUUUCGUCGAAGGCUUUGACAGCAGCUUGUCUUUCAUUGUCUUCCUGUGAAGAAUGUGCUGCUUGUUUGUAAAGAUGAAGACAGAGUGAAAGAGGCAGGGAGGAGAUAUAAAGAGUAUUUGAACAGGACUCGAACCCUCAGUGCUGAGGUGGUCUCUUUGUACAGGAAAUUAAACUGUGUAGGAAGUUGUGUAUUAAUAUGUGUUUAGCAUAACAGUGUUUUCACUGUCAGACUCAAACCACUAGAACAAAUGAAACAGAAUAUGAAUGUAGCUCGUUUUAAAGCUAGUUAUUUGACUAAUUACAUCGUUGUAUGAAGGGAAGUGAGACAGUACAUUUUCUAUGUCACAUGAGUGUCUACGUGUUUGUGAUGAUCAGAGUCAGAGUGUGUUCAUGUUGUUGUGUUGUGGGUCAGAACCGACCGAGUCUCGUCAGAAGGUCGGUCUGAACGUCUGCAGGAGGAAACUGUCCAGACUCGCGUUGCCUUCACACGAUGAGCAGCUCGUUCCAAACGACACGUACGUCACCGUCUGUAGUUUGCACGUUUUCACAGGAAGUUACAGGCGCUCAGUGCAUGUGCAGCUGAUUGAAUUCAAACUAUUAAUUGGACUUACGAAAAAAAAAAAUAGAUCUGAUUUGCUUCAAUUCAACUUUAACAGUUUAUAUAUAAUCAGGGAAUCUACAUGAUCGAAGGUUGCCGCUAAAAAUCUCUUUUGGCAAACUGACCCAGUUGUUUUGUUAAAUAUGAUGGAAACGCGAGUUAAAACUGAAAAUUAUCAUCAAGAAUAAAAAUAAAAUAGAGAUCGUAUCUAAAGCAACUCAGAAUUCGACUCAGUCAACCAUCACAGAUCUAAACAGUCUGAGGAGUAACAUCACUUUCGUUUUGACGUCGACUGAAAGACUGAGGUUUGGACGAACGUGUGGAGGCAACGUGAAUAAACGAUAUAACGUGAGUUCCUACAUUGACUUUACAUGAGUCAGGUGGAGAAAGUAUAGUUUGGUUAAGCAGAAGUUAACAACAGAGCAAAUGAGUGGAGGUUGUCGUGGAUUUCUUAUUCAAGUGAGAUACAUAGAAUCAUUAUUCAAGAUUUUAUUCAUCAUGUGGAAAAAUAAAGAUUUUAUUAUUCACA